AUGCCAUCUGCGAACAAAGGCAAAGGGAAGGGGCGCGAUGUCCGCCCGUCGCGAAGCCGCAACACAACCCCCAACUCCAGCUUCAGUGCCGGCCCCACUGCUCCGGCCUCCAGUUAUCUCGAUAAUGACGCCUCGAAACUACUGAUCCCCCAGACCAUUCAAUAUUCGGAGAUCCUCGAUCGCAUGGGUGGCGUGGGCCCUAUCCCAGACUCCAAGUCCCUAGAAUCUUUGAAAGAGCAUCUGGAGACCCUCUGCCAACUAGCGGAAGCUCGCGGUGAUGCCUGCAACGCCGGGAUCCGGGAGUUGUCGCAGAAGCGAAAGGAGGUGGAUGACACGGAAUCAUUUGACACGGAUCGCCCUAAAAUGAAGCGCGAGGCCGAUGAGGAGGAGGAAGAAACGAAGGUGUCUAAAGGAGGGAAACUGAAGAAGCGAAAGGAGCGCGGCAGCAGUUCGAAGGAAGAUCGUCCACUUAACCACGGCGCUCACGAACUGUCGCGACAGGAUGGCGCAGAGACAAAAGUGGAAAAUGCCGCAUCUCCCUCAUCGAAGAAGUCGAGAAACGCCUCGGAGGGCUCGCCGUUAUCUCCCUCCCAGAGAUCACCUCGAGCGAAUGCCACUGCCGAACAACCUGAAACAGCCGACUCGCCCAUGUCGGACGACAGUUCCGACUCGCAUCAACCGGAGCCGGCGCCCGCAGUUACUCAAGUCCAAGUUUUCGGUCCCAAUCCGCUGAAGUUCGAUGACCCGACCGUUUACAAUAUUCGCGAUGUGACGCCGGAAAUGACUGAUGAGGAGAAGAAAGAAAUCUAUUGCGUCAAUCGCUUCCCUCGGAGUGAUCUGGCGCAUAUGAUGGCGGGCAUUCCGCCAGAUAAGGAUUUCAGCAACGCAAAACCUACGAACCAGGUCAACGCUAACACGUUCCUCGCCUACAUCGACCCCUACGUGCGGCCGUUGACGGAAGAGGACAUUGCUUUCUUGAAAGAGAAGGGAGACCGUGCGACGCCUUUUGUCAUGCCGCGACGCGGGAAGAAGCAUUACAGUGACGUCUGGUCCGAGGAGGACGGCAUGAUGAGCCUUGACCAAGCCAACGGGGAUCGCGAGCGUCUCCCUCUGAACCAAGGCCGCGGUAACAUCGACCAAGUGACGGAUGAGAAUGUGGAGACGGACAAAGUCUCCGUUGGGCCUUUGGUUAGCCGACUUUACUCUUUACUCCGCUACGAGCAUCGCGCUCCUGAUGAAGCCCCCGCUGGCAGUGGACAGACCAACGGUGAGAUGUCCACGACUAACGGUACCUUCAACGACUCCAUGGAUCUCGAUCAUCCUCAUCCCCCUGCUGCGAGCGGCGAGCCCGAAACCAAACCUCAGCUCUCCGCAACCUCGUUCCCGGACGCAUCGCCCAGCGGCUUCAAAGUGCCCGCCGCCAAACUGGACCACGCCCAGCUGGACGAACGUCUCAAGGCCGAACUCCGCCACGUCGGCUUCCUCGGCGCAGAAGACAACCCGGACUACGACGCCCACUACGACGACGACAUCGCGCAGCGCCUGCGUCUCCUGCAGAGCGAACUGAAGAAACAAAUGAUCAUCAACAGCGCCCGCAAGACCCGUCUCCUCGAAGUCGCCCGCGAACGCAUGGCCCACCAGGAGUACAUGACCAUCCACGACGAUCUCGACUCGCAGGUCCAGCAGGCCUACCUGAAACGCACCCGCACUCUUGGUAAGAGCAAAAAGGGCUCCCAGGCCAAGCACCGUCCCGGUGGUGCUGGCGGCGGCAGCCACGUUGCCACCGGUGUCGGUCGUCCUGCUAUUGGGGAUGUCGCGCGAACCCUCAUGGACCGUCGCAAGCGCUGGAUUGACUGCAUCGGACCCGUGUUCGGAGACUGCAAGACUUCCGUGCCCACGGGGACAGACUCUGUCUUUGAUCCUGCGGUUAUGGCCGAGUACGAGAAAGGGGAGUUAGAAGGGUGGGAUGAGGAACAGGAGUGA